ACCGCUCGCUGCAAGGGUCCAAAACGGGCACAAGUCGGAGGGGCGAAUGUGUUCAUUGUGCACGGCCCGCGCGGUUUGCCAUUGGCAGAAGCAGAGAGCCGACUGUCGAAGCGUCCGCCGUCGACGGGUGGAUCACCGCGAGCCUUAUCGGAGAGACUGCCCCGCCGCCACGUCUAGCCGAGCGCGGAGCAACGCUCACGACUCACUGUCCGACAUUGUGCCACCGCAUGCUGCUUGAGCCUCCCAGGCCGUCGGAAACGUUACAUAGCUGCAGAAACCGCCAUGUAAAUGUGCCGCGACACCCAUUCCGCCCGCCAUGUCCGCGCGAACGUUCAUCAUCACCGUCUCCCCACAGGCCAAAGCCUCGUACCUCGCGCUCGCCAGCAUCGGACGCCGCGCCUUCUCCUCAAGAUGCUCGCAGCAGUCGCAGUACAGCCGCUCGGACUUCAGCGGCCAAGGUUUCUCUAGCUUCUACGACCCAGAUCAGCCGACCAGAGGGCCCUUGGGAGAUGUCUCGACCUCCGGCGUCAGUCGCACAACCCCGCGCAUGCUGAAAGAGCAUCUGGAUCAGUUUGUCGUCGGCCAGGAGCACGCAAAGGUAGUGCUGAGUACUGCGGUGUACGGGCAUUAUCUGAGGAUAAGAGAGAUUCAAAGACAGGAGGAUGAACAAGAGAGGAUUGAGGCGAAAGAGCGGCGACGGGCCAUGGCAGAUCGCCACCCCGUAGAAGAUGAGUUCCCCGGUCAGCAGACCACCAUGAGAGUCUACCCGCCGACCACGUCGCCGCGCGCAGACUCGCCGCAGAUACAAGAUACGAGUCCUCUCCAGUUUGAGAAGUCCAAUGUCCUAAUGCUUGGCCCUACGGGCGUCGGCAAAACCCUAAUAGCGAAGACCCUGGCGCGCAUCCUCGAUGUCCCUUUCAGCAUGUCAGAUUGCACGCCCUUUACACAGGCAGGAUACAUUGGAGAAGAUGCCGACGUGUGCGUGCAGCGGCUCUUAGCAGCAGCAAACUACGACGUGGAAGCAGCCGAACGAGGCAUUAUCGUGCUAGACGAGAUCGAUAAGAUUGCGACGGCGAAGGUGUCGCACGGCAAAGAUGUCAGUGGAGAAGGAGUCCAGCAGUCUCUGUUGAAGAUAAUAGAAGGGACUACUCUGCAGAUACAGGCGAAACCCGAGCGCGGAGCUGGCGGUAGGACUACCGGGAGGGAUGCAAGCAGCUUCCCGCCAAACAUGGAUAGCUCAAGAGGUCCCGCAUCAGGAGCAGGUUCAGCAACUCCGCUGGGAGGGAAAGGCGAGGUAUACAACGUACGGACAGAUAAUAUUCUUUUUAUCUGUACUGGCGCAUUCGUCGGGCUACAUAAGAUAAUCUUGGACCGCAAGUCCAAAGGAGGGAUGGGCUUCGGCGCUCAAGUAAGGGCAGCAAACCCCGAGUCUGGCAAGCAUGAAACUAUGUUGAGGCGAGAAGAUGUCGCUGCCUUCAGGAAGGACUUACCGAUAUAUCUUCCUUCAAGGUCAGAGUCCUCAGCGGUCUACAGCGGACGGGAAGAGCAGUACCGCGAGGAGGAACAUAAUGUGCUCAACUACGUCGAGCCCUCCGAUCUGCACAGGUACGGUAUGAUACCUGAGCUCGUCGGCCGAAUACCCACCACCUGCGCUGUAUCCGCGCUCGACGAGGAAGCUCUUGUGCGAGUCCUUACAGAGCCGAAGAACAGUCUCGUCAGGCAAGAAGCAGCUCUCUUCCACGCCGACGGUAUCGAGCUACGCUUCACGAGCGGCGCUCUCCGAGAGAUCGCAAAGAAAGCCAACGGCAUGGGGACAGGAGCCCGUGGGCUAAAAGCCGUCGUCGACCGAUUGCUCAUGUGGUCCAAGUUUGACGCACCCGGAUCCACCGUCAAGCAUAUACUCGUCACCCAAGAAGCCGCCCAGCUCAAAUGCGCACCCUUACACUUCCACCGCGGACAAUCGCAAGCAUUCGAGACGCUGUACGCCCAAGAAGAGGAUAGGUGGGAAGACCAAAUGGGGCUGAACGAAGAGACUGUGGCUCGCAUACACAGCUUUGAAGAGUAUAGGAAGGCCGGCGUGGCCGGCUACUAA